CCAUCACCACCUCGACAACGCGCAUCCGUCGCGCCAACAUCUCGCUUUCACCCAAUGCCGUUGCGUCCCUUCCCCUUGGGCUUCAGCAUCGGCACCGACAUCGUGCACGUCAAUCGCAUCCGCGCGCUGCUCGUCAAAGCGCAGCAAGACGAAUCCCAACCGCAGUACCUCGAUCGUUUCCUCCGGCGCUUCCUCACGCCUCGCGAACAGCAUGUCUUUUCGAGCCAGUACUUAACGAAUGGACGAUUGGUCGAUGGGGGGCAGUUGGAUGCUGUUAGUAAGCAUUUGGCUGGGAGAUGGGCAGCCAAAGAAGCGACGAUAAAAGCCGUCUCCUGGCGCCGUCUGCGCUUCCACCAAAUCGUCAUUCAGCCCUCUCCGCAUCGACAAGGUCUCAUGGCCGUCAUAUUAGACGACGCAGCGUCAGCAUCAGCACCGGCGCCCCCACCGCUGUCCAGUGAUGAUGCAGAACCAACGACCAUCAUUCCGGAGAUCGACUUUCGCCCUCUCGUCGAGGAGCACAUGGUGCGAGAGGCGGAGGUAGGGCACGAGGAACUCACCGGCCAGGUUGCGCGGAUCAGCAUCAGUCAUGACGGGGAUUACGCUACGGCUGUUUGUCUGGCGGCUGAGGAGCCUGUGCCUGGGGAUGUCGGAGGUGAGGCUGCUGCUCGCGAGCUGUUUUAGCUGGAUUGCUCGAUUGGAUCUGGAGGCGAAAGCUUUACGAUAGACAAUCAUCGAAACGAUUACGGUAACCUCUCAGCUCCGGUGCGCGUCAGUAGUGCAGACGACAUGGCAGGCCCUCCAACCAAUGACUCGCAGCAUCAAAUUGAUCUGUUUGAGGUCAGAAAUGGGCAUCAAAAGUCACAACCUGUUGGGGUCCUACGAGUCUCGCCUUGCUUCUCCCUGUAAAAAAGAAGUUUCCUUUUUUGACGUUUUAGAGGGCC